AUGGACAUGACAUCACGCAUCCUGACUAUCAUUCAAGGAUAUGGCCACAACGAAGAGAAUGCUGAAGGCGAGCAGUGGGUGGGUCGUGCAAAAUUUGUUCCUCGUGUUCAAAAGCAUGUCGAUAGCAAUGCACCAAUUGAGCUCGUUCUUCCUGCUUUCCCCUGGAAGAGUGUGAACAAGGUAGAAAAAGUACUUGGAGCUUUGCCUGAUUUGGGUGAGGAGCUGGCCCUGGGCCGUCUCCAGAAUCUCUGCGAGGAUAUUCAAGAAAUUUACCCCCCUGGAGCUUACGUGACGAUUACUUCAGACGGUCUGGUCUAUAGUGACCUGGUUGGGAUUUCGAGUGAGGAAGUCUUUGAAUACGGCUUGAACCUACGACGCAUGGCUGAGACAAAAGGCUAUGACCGUCUCAAGUUUAUGCGAAUCAUGAACCUGGUUGGUGUUAGUGACAGCAUCCAAUUAACAAAGGAGGAAUAUGUCAGUCGCGUCGACGAGUCCCGCAAGAUGCUCGUGGAGAAGUAUAUGCCCAAGGAUUUUGAUGCUCGCGAGGCAAUCUCCAACGACCCGGAUAUCAAUCUCACAUAUUGCGGCUAUAUCAUCUUCUUGAACAAGGAUUUGAAAUACAGCCCUGUUACAGCCAAUGUUACCACCAAGGGAGAGUACAAGAGAACCGUCAAGCGAGUAGCUAGCGACAUGAUUACCCGCGGCAAGGCCUUUGCUGCUGCCAUUGACGCCAACUUUCCGGAUCACGUUCGUUUGUCCAUCCAUCGUUCCACCGGUGCCAACAAGCUCUCUUUCCCUCUGGUUCCCCAGCCGAGUCAUUUCUCCAUGACCCCGUGGCAUUGUUGCCUUGCUGUCACUUCCAAGGGCCAGUUCCGCACCGCCCAUGCUGUAGAACUGCGUGAGUCGUUUGAUGUCAUCGAGCAGGAAGGACGACCCUACUAUUACCGAGACCGCUCCGACGUGUGGAAGUGGGAUGUGCCUGUCGAGUUUGAGGUUUUCUAUCCUCGGGGACUCUAUGUCAGAGCAAAGCCAGUUGAGGGUGAAGCUGCGCCAACUAUUGGCCCCAAUGAAUUGGCCAAGAUUAAGCAGCUGAGCAAAGGAUUCUCCCCAGUUAUUCCCCUAGGUUUCGCUUAG